AUGCUAAAUUUAAUAGCCUUUCUCGUCGUCAUCACAGCGGCCUUUGGGGUUUCCCUACUUGGAAGAAGGGGAAUCAAAGUAAUCACAGAUAACAUUCCCACGUCUCUGAACUCAUGCUAUGCGUACAGUAGAGCAGCUCAGACCUGGGCCUGGUUCAAGGCCUCCGAUGACGACAGUGGUCAAGAACUGCGCGGAGUGCAUGUGACUGCUCUCACAUGUCUAGGAAAUGACAAGAUGGUAUACGAAGUUCCGGCCGACUCUCUAGGGGACUUGGGCAAGAGAUCAACAUUCGCCCCCGCUUUCAAGAGCUAUAAGACUAAGGCUGGGAAGAAGGUCAACGGCAUGCCUUAUCCUUCAGCUAGCAACAAGAAUUGUGCGCAAUGGGUGAAUCGUCUUAAUAAGUUCUAUCGCGAGACAGGAGUUAUUGCUGAAGUCACUGAGGAGAUGAAGAGAAGCCGCGUCAAUAGAAAAAUCGCUAGAGACAACACUGGGAAGUUCAUCGAGGCGCUCUGUAGAGUUCAAAGAAAUGGUGUGGUAAAGAACGAGGGCAAUCUACCCAAAGCUGAUACUCCGACUAUGCCCCAAGGGGCGCCUUCACAGCUGAACGACGCGUUGAUGAGAAAAAUCAUGGCUCAGCAGCAACAGGAACGCGCCCAUGAGGAGGAAGGGCCAGUGACCUAUACUCAAGUGCCGGAGCCUGCCGAAGAAGAGCCAUCAACUGAGACUUAUGUGGCUGGGCAGGAGACAUCGACUGAUACCUAUGCCCCUGAGGGCUCACAAGAGGAGCAGGAGGAGGAGAGGAGGAGAAAUGAACUGUUACACGUUAGAAAUAUCAAUUAUAAACUCCAUACGGAAGUGUGCAUGAAAUUUGCGUGA